CUGUCCAAGGCAGAAAAGUAGAAAGGUCUGCUAUAAAACACAGAAACUGCUGCGGCCAGAGGGCUGAAUUAUUUACAGAGAACCACUGAAAGAGAGAUUUAUAGAUUUAAUUCUUCUCCCACAGCGCUAAGAGCUAGAAAUGCUUCUAUCACUGCAGAGUCCACACUGAAAGGUUCCAACUCCCCCACGACCCUGAGGGAGAAGCGGCUUAGAAAAUGUACAGGAUGAUCUUGGGUCCAGGGUUUGCUGUGCUGCUCUUUCUGAGCUCGUCAUUUGUACAAAUCUCCACUUUGCCCUCUGCAGGACUAAAGGUUAACUGCAUCUCUCACAGUCUCAGGAAAAUCCCCACAUUUCCAGCAGACACCGCUGAACUGCAUCUACAGCACAACCAGCUGAGCACCGUGCCUGCGGGGCACUUUGACGCUCUCAAGAACCUUCGGAUGGUAAACCUGUCAGAGAACCCUUUCCACUGCGGCUGUAACAUCCGCUAUCUGCGAGCGUGGCUCCUCAGGAACAAAGCUGUGACCCCAGUGACCCCAAAAUGUGCCAGUCCACCAUCACUGGCUCACAAAGCCAUAGUUGAACUCAGUGAGAAAGAUUUCUCAUCCUGUGUGCAGAACCCAUGCUCUGAAGCACGUUACAACUGCACAGUGGCCUUCAUGGUCUUCGUCCUCAUCGGUCUGCUCUUCUGGUGCUUCCGUUUGGCCAAAGACCUGACCUUCAUCCUGGGCAUUGGAGAGAGGCACGUAGGCCUCGAGGCUGAAUCCUUGCGCUCGCUUAAACCCAAGCACAGGAUGAGGAUGAGUUUCGCUGCAGGUUCUUCCAGCUCAAGAGGCGAUGAGCUGGAGAGGCCUCUUCUCAACAUGGAGAUCCUACCGCAGAUUAUUGAUGCCUUGCAUAGGCAACACAACAUCAAGAUCAAAGAAACAUGAAGAGGCUGAGACUGUGCUGCAUUUCUGCUUUUACACCUGUGAAAAAGUCACAUACAGGUCUUUAAAGGGAACAUAUCCCAGUUUAGAGGAGAUUUUAGAAUUAAUUGCAGGUAUAAUGUCUUCUCCUAAACUGCCGUCAUACAAACGUCAAAACUCAUCAGAAUAAAAAUCAUUUUUAGAAUACUUAUUAAAUUCAUGUCUACUCAUCUAAUAGUUUUUUUUCCUAAAGGUCAGCAGCUUCAGUGAUGGCUUAGUCCCACACACCUGGCACAUCAUUUGUCAUGUAGAAUUUGACUAGAAUAUUCAAAUAAGUCUAUUUCAUUUGAAUGGUGAAAAGUGGUGCAUGUUUACUGAGGUAAUGCAGUUCUCAGGUCCAUUCUUAAAACUGUUCCUAGAACAUAUGCAUUCAUGUAAUUUUACAUGGUCAUCCCCAAUCCUAUUUUGAAGGAUGUUACAUAUCAACAUUCUUAAUAUUUUGCUCAUUGUUGGAUGUAUGCCAGAUUUUGAACUGAAAAUAACCUGGGAAAAUUAUAUUAACAGUGCAGUGUUUUCUCAAUUAAACAAUAAAACAAUGACAUUUCAAUCAUC